GUGACGCGGGUGACGUUUAAUUUUUAGGUUAUAUUGUUGUUUUUAUUUUGCGAUUAUACUAUUUUUGUCCCAUAUAAUGUCAACAAACUACAAAAAAAUAUUCGUCACCGUUGGCACAACAAGAUUCGACACUUUAUGUAAAACCAUCAAUAAAGAAUCCACACUCGAAGCAUUAAAACGGUUAGGAUGCAAAGAAGUAACCAUGCAGAUCGGUUCUAGCGAUUUAGAAACAGGUGAAUAUGUAAAAUGCGGGAUAAAGCUGCAUUUAUACAAAUACAAAGAUUCCUUAGACGAGGAUGUAAUGAACGCCGACCUGGUUAUAAGUCACGCCGGGGCAGGAACUUGUUUAGAAGUUUUAGAAGCUAAUAAACCACUUCUAGUCGUCGUCAACGAGGACUUGAUGGAUAACCAUCAGCUGGAGCUAGCGGAGCAGCUGCAGGUCGACGGACACUUGUACUAUUGCACGUGUGACACGUUGGAAAGCACUUUGCAAGAAGUAGAUUUUAGUUUGCUCAGGCCGUUUCCUAAGCCUGAUGCUUCUUUGUUUGUUAAGUUUCUAGACGAUGUGUUCAAGGUUACACUACCUUCAAGCCAGAAAUAGUACAUGCAUAUAAAUAAAACGAGAGAAAAUUUACUUGCCCAAAGGAAAUGUAAGUUGUAAUUUUUUGUACUGAUAUUAAUAUGUGCUAACAUUUGCACAGAAAAUUAGACACUAUUAGUUUUUAUUUUUAACUAAAUGAUCUAUUAAUCUGAAUAGUGUUAAAGAGUUAAAUUGGUUAUUAAUGUUAUUAUGUAAGUUGGUUAAAUAAUGUUAAGGAGAAUUUAAAGCAAUUCAUUUCAUGAUUGUUUAUAUAAAAAAAUACAUAAUAUUUUUAAAUAUAUUGAAUCACAUUCCUGAUUUAGCAGUUAGUAUG